GUGCCCGGGGCUGCCCGGGCCCCGCACGCCUGCGCGGUGGCCCCGUCCCGGCCGUGCCAGGCCCCGUGGCCCCGUGCCCCGCAGCGAUGCCCGCGGCUGCCCCCGGCUCCGUCGCGGCCAUGCAGCAGGUCCUGGACAACCUGAUGGGGGUCCCAGGCCCCCCCGGAGCCGCGGACCUCGACCUCAUCUUCCUGCGCGGCAUCAUGGAGAGCCCCAUCGUGCGGUCCCUGGCCAAGGCGCACGAGCGGUUGGAGGAGCGGCGCUUGGAGGCGGUGCAGGACAACAACGUGGCGCUGGUGCAGGAGAUCCUGCGGGACAUCGGGCCCCUGGCGCCGCGGGACAGCGCGGCUGCGGAACUGAGCCGCAUCCUGCGCCAGCCCCACUUCCAGUCGCUGCUGGAGACGCACGACUCGGUGGCCACCAAGAGCUACGAGACCCCCCCGGGGAGCCCGGUCCCGCCCCCCGGCAGCCACCACCCGCUGCCCCCCGACGCCGUGCGCAUGGUGGGCAUCCGCCGUGCGCCCGGCCAGAGCCUGGGGGUGACAUUCCGGGUGGAGCGGGGGGAGCUGGUGGUCGCCCGCAUCCUGCACGGGGGCAUGGUGGCGCAGCAGGGGCUGCUGCACGUGGGGGACGUCAUCCGCGAGGUGAACGGGCGCGAGGUGGGCAGCGACCCGCGGGCUCUGCAGGAGUCCCUGCGCCAGGCCAGCGGCAGCGUCGUGCUCAAGGUGCUGCCCAGCUACCAGGAGCCGCACCCGCCCCGGCAGGUCUAUGUCAAAUGUCACUUCGACUAUGACCCGGCCACGGACACCCUCAUCCCGUGCCGUGAGGCCGGGCUCAAGUUCAUGGCCGGGGACCUGCUGCAGAUCGUCAACCAGGAUGACCCCAACUGGUGGCAGGCGUGCCAUGUGGCGGGGGGCAGCGCGGGGCUGGUGCCCAGUCAGCUGCUGGAGGAGAAGCGCAAAGCCUUCGUGCGGAGGGACGGGGACACAGCUCCCACUGCCGCUCAGCCCCACUUGCCCUCAGCAGGGUCCCUGUGUGGCAGCCUCAGCGGGAAGAGGAAGAAGAGGAUGAUGUACCUGACUACCAAGAACGCUGAGUUCGACCGUCACGAGCUGCUCAUCUACGAGGAGGUGGCGCGGAUGCCGCCGUUCCGCAGGAAAACGCUGGUGCUCAUCGGGGCGCAGGGCGUCGGGCGCCGCAGCCUCAAGAACAAGCUCAUCAUGUCCGACCAGGCGCGCUACGGCACCACCAUCCCCUACACGUCGCGGAAGCCGAAGGACAGCGAGCGGGACGGGCUCGGGUACCGCUUCGUGUCGCGGGGGGAGAUGGAGGCCGACAUCAAGGCCGGGCGAUACCUGGAGCACGGCGAGUACGAGGGCAACCUCUACGGCACCAAGAUCGACUCCAUCCGCGCUGUGGUGGAGGCGGGCAAGAUGUGCAUCCUGGAUGUCAACCCCCAGGCAGUGAAGGUGCUGAGAACGGCUGAGUUCGUGCCAUACGUGGUGUUCAUCGAAGCCCCCAGUCCUGAGAUGCUGCGAGCCAUGAACCGGGCAGCACUGGAGAGCGGGGUGGCUACAAAGCAGCUCACGGAGGCCGACGCCAGGCGCACGGUGGAGGAGAGCAGCCGCAUCCAGCGUGGGUACGGGCACUACUUCGACCUCAGCCUCACCAACGAUGACCUGGAGCGCACCUUCGGGCGGCUGCGCGAGGCCAUGGAGCGCCUGCGGGUGCAGCCCCAAUGGGUGCCCGUCAGUUGGGUCUAUUAGAGCCCCCCCAGGCACCCCGCAGCCCCAUGGGGCGCUUGUGCCCUCCGUGUCACCCAUUGGUGUGAGGGGCUCGCACCAGCACGGGGGGAGUAAGGGGGACCCUUGCCCAAGCCUCUGGACCCCUCUUUCCCCCCCUGCUCCCAGCCCCAGACAUGGGGGGAGUGGGGGGAGAAGCCGGUGGGGUCCCAUUAUGGGGGCAGCUCCCCCAGCCGUGCCCAGCACCCCACAGCUGAUUCACUGCCAAACCUGCCCCUCCCCACAGUGUCAUCCCCCAACCUGUGGGGCACCCCAUAACCCCUGCCUUAGUUUCCCCAUGGGGAAGCCCAGAGUUGGGGGAUGAGGGGGAGUCACACCCCACUGCAGCCCCAUGAGCUGCCAUGGGCCCAGGCCUCCCAGCUCCCCCUCCCAGGGAUCCCAUUUCACCCUUACAAGGGUGGGGGGACCCCCCUCUCCCUGGUGCCCCCCAUUGCCCCUCCCAGGUAGCAAUAACACCACCAGCCCCCCCCCCAAC